AUUAGUCGAUAGAGAAGGCCGUUGCACUUUUUCAGUUCAUAAAAAUUAAACUGCGACGUCUUGCAAAAUCUACAGUCUGUAGUGUCGUCCUCUGCUGAUGACGUCGCAAACGUAACUCUGUGAAUGUUCAUGCUCUGCUGUACUGGACCACAUCAUAUAUCACAUUAUACCAUAUUUCGACUUGAACUAAGGAAGUGAAAGCACCUGUUGAUGGCGGACGUGCUCCAGUGAAAUGACAGACCAGGGCAAUAACAAUCAGAACAUCUCACAAAAUCCAUUUGCAGCUCUCUUCAGUUCCCUAGCUGAUGCUAAGCAGUUUGCAUCUGGCCAAAAGCAACAAGGUCAAACUGAGCAGCGAUAUUCAGGGGAGAGCCAGUCUGAGUCAGAUAAUUCGGUCUCUGACAGCAUCGAUGACAACGAUGACUCUGUGGCAAAGAUCAGCCGAUCUUUUCGCUCACAUCAGGAGCUCUGUGAGCAGCUCAAUGUCAACCACAUGAUCCAGAGGAUCUUUCUUAUCACACUGGACAAUAGUGACCCCAGUCUAAGAGGUGGUAAUGGCAUCCCACCACGCUGUGUAUAUUUGGAGGAAAUGGCAGCUGAUCUUGAUGAUCAGGACUGGCUUGACAUGGACACCAUAGAGCAAGCUGUGUUCGCCAGACUGCUUCUGCAGGAACCUGGGAACCAUCUAAUUUACAUGACUUCCUGCAAUGUAGUGAACCUCUCGGCGGAUCGUGAUGCUGGGGAGAAACGUGCCGUACCUUACCUAUACGCCUGCUACCUGAGAGCUAAAGAGGAGGUCACAAAAGUCCCAGAGAAGCUGUUGUCGUAUGCUGUGCGAUGUAGAAACCUGACUGUGUCCAAUGCACGGACGGUGCUGCUGACUCCUGAGAUCUACAUCAGCCAGAAUGUAUAUGAGCAACUUCUGGAUCUGUUGUUGGAAGCUGUCAGAGAAGCUCGGCUUGAGGAAGUUGUGGAGUUUUUGGAGGAGGUCAUUGCUAGUCUGUUGGCUGACCAGGAGGUACGGACUUUUGGGGAGGUAAUGGUGCCAGUGUUUGAUAUUUUUCAAGGCCGAGUCAAAGACUUAGACCUCUGUCAGCUGCUGCUGUUUUCCUACCUGGAAAUUUUCCUGUAUUUCAGUCGACAAAAGGACAUUGCUAAGGUUUUAAUGGAGCACAUACAGCCUAAAGAUCCUAACAAUGGACUUCAGUACCAGAAGACUCUUUUAGGCACCAUCUUAAGUAUUUCUUGCCUGCUUAAAACUCCUGGUGUGGUUGAAAACCAUGGUUUCUUCCUUAAUCCUUCUCGCUUGAGCCCACAGGAAAUGAGAGUUCAAGAGUCAAAUAUACACCAGUUCAUAGGGCAAUUUCACGAUAAGCUGUAUCAGAUCCUGAAAAACUUGCUUCAGCAGUCCAGUGAGACACGUCACCUGCUGCUCUCGUGGUUGGGUGGUUGUCUGCACGCCAACAUGGGGCGGGCCAAAAUCUGGGCAAACCAGAUGCCUGAGAUAUUUUUCCAAAUGUAUGCUUCGGAUGCAUUUUUCCUAAAUCUGGGAGCUGCGCUGCUCAAGCUCUGCCAGCCUUUUUGUAAACCUUACUCUCCCAAACUCUUGACCUUCAACCCCACGUACUGCAUGUUCAAGGACCUGAGUGAGGAAGAGCGCCGCAACAGAAACGUGCAUGCGAGAGGUUUGGACAAGGAGACCUGUCUGAUACCUGUUCCCCCUCAACAAACAAUUGAAUUUGCCCAGUCGUACAGCCUUCUCACAGAGAACCUUAUCCUUACACAGCUUACAAUGUACUUGGGCUUUCAUAGACUACAUGAUCAGAUGGUGAAGAUGAAUCAGUCUCUGCAUCGGCUGCAGGGGACAUGGCGAGACACGCAGCUGAGCGGAGGACCGGCUGCAGAAUUGCAGGAACAGUUUGAACGACUUAUGACAGUCUAUCUCUCCACCAAGGCCGCUACCACGCACCCCACCAUGCUGCAACACUGCCUCAACCUCCAAGUCUCAUGCGCCACCUUGCUGGUCCAGCUCAGCUUGGGCAACCAAGGCUCAGAGCACAUUUCGCUCUCGUUUCCCCUGCCUCCACUUGAAAACAGUCUGCUGUGCUUUGUGCCAGAGUUUUUUGUCGAAAACAUGGGUGAUUUCUUCAUAUUCCUUCGCCGGUUUGCUGAUGAGGUUUUGGAGUCAUCGGCAGAAAGUUUAGAACACGUCCUGACCUUCAUCACUGUGUUCAUGGGCAGCGUUGAGAGAAUGAAGAAUCCUCAUUUGCGAGGAAAAUUGGCAGAGGUUCUCGAGGCUGUGAUGCCUCAUAUGGAGUCUGUGUCACCCGGAACUGCCCAACCCAUCAUGUUUCAGCGCCAAAGGGUGUUCAGCUCAUAUCGACAUGCACCUCAACUCGCUGAAGCCCUGAUAACCGUGUUCGUGGACAUAGAGUUCACCGGUGAUCCUCAUCAGUUUGAGCAGAAGUUUAAUUACAGACGGCCAAUGUAUGCCAUUUUGAAGUACAUGUGGGGAGAAAUAAAUUACAGGGAGAGCAUAAAGCAUCUGGCAGAUUAUGCAUCUGAAAACCUUGAGGCCAUGAAUCCACCACUCUUUCUAAGGUUUCUGAAUCUGCUCAUGAAUGAUGCCAUCUACUUACUUGAUGAAGCUAUACAGUACUUAAGUAAGAUCAAAAUCCUCCAGCUGGAGAGGGAUCGGGGGGAGUGGGACAGUCUCGGACCUGACGCCCGCAGAGAGAAAGAAUCAAGUCUGCAGAUGUUUGGACAGCUGGGUCGCUUCCACAACAUCAUGUCAAAUGAGACCAUUGGCACCUUGGCUUUCCUCACAUCCGAGAUUAAAGGACUUUUUGUUCACCCGUUUCUUGCUGAGAGGAUCAUCUCCAUGCUCAACUACUUUUUGCAGCACCUGGUAGGCCCCAAGAUGGGCGCUUUGAAGGUGAAAGACUUUAGUGAAUUUGAUUUUAAGCCUCAGCAGUUGGUGUCUGACAUCUGUACCAUUUACCUAAACCUGGGGGAUGAAGAAAAUUUUUGUGCCACUGUCCCAAAAGAUGGGAGGUCGUAUUCUCCCACUCUCUUCUGUCAAACUGUCCGUGUCCUCAAGAAAAUCAACAAGCCUGGCGAUAUGAUUGUGUCUUUUAGUCUCCUAGCAGAUAAAAUUAAGUCUCUGGCAGACAAGCAUCAGCAGGAGGAGGAGACUUACUCUGAUGCUCCAGAUGAAUUUCUGGAUCCGAUCAUGUCUACCUUGAUGCUUGAUCCGGUUCUGUUGCCUUCUUCAAAUGUUACAGUGGACCGUUCAACAAUAGCACGGCAUUUACUAAGUGACCAGACAGACCCGUUCAACCGCAGUCCACUCACUAUGGAUCAGAUCAGACCUAAUGAAGAGCUUAAGCAACAGAUCAUAAAGUGGCUUGCUGAACAUAAGCAAGGAAACCAACAAAUGGGACCCAGUGGCUAAACCACAUUAUUCCCUUCCCCCAGCACAGGCAUGUGUAUGACUAAGCCAUUCAGAUGAUUCUGACCAUUCUCAUACUGCUUUCAAAAACAGUACAUUUUAAGCACACAUGAAGGAACACGUCUACAUCCGUGGUGUUAUUGUACUCAUCAAAGGUCAAAUGCAAAUCUCUGAAUGCCAUAUCAUUGUAGCAUAUUAGACUAUCUGCUUUGUCAAACUAUUUGGAGGAUCUUCUAACCUUUGGGUCUCAUGCAGUCAACUCAAAUCACUGUUGUUCACAUCCCAAGAUGGGAUUUAUAGAGAAGUAUAUUUGAUUUGCUUUCCGGGUCAAUGCAUUUGCCCUGACUCUAACUAAUAUGUGUGAAAUAUUUUAUAUGCAUUGCUUAUACAUAAACAGUUUCAAGUUCAUGUGUUUAUAUUUCCUCAUUGGAUUUUAAGAGAAAGGGCUUUGGCAGUAAAAAUGUAUGAUACAUAUAUUAAUCAGUUUUGUAUUCCUGUAUGUUUUAAUUUCAUGGUCUAAAAUGAUGUUUUUUCAGCAAUGCAUCAAUCACAUCUUUGGUUUUGGGGUGAUCAGUAACUACCAUUUGUUAAAAUGUUUUACCUUUUUUCCAUUAUAAAUGUUUUAUGCUGGAAACUUAUAUAUUAAUAUGCACUUUUAUAAGACUCAUUAAGAAUAUCGAGCUCUUGUUAAAAUGUUGGGAAUUAUCCCAUUAUAUUUUACAAGAAGCUAUAGUGUCUUUUUAGCAGUGCAAUAUGUCCCAAAUGAUGACUAAUUUGAUUGCUGAGUCAGAGCUCACAGUUUUAGUGACCUCAUCUCAUGCAGAAUGACAUCACGCCUCUUUUGUUAACAGUUGUGAAACUGCAUGCUCUCAGAGGUUGGACCUUGCUACUGAAAUUUGUCUGAAAAGAUGACGCUGAUAAGACGCUGUCCUUCCUUUAGCUGUGAAAGUUUCAAAACAAUGACCUAUCGCCAUUGAGGCUUAUAUAGAUUAUGUCUGCAUUUGUAUGUUCUUUGAAAUAGUUUCAAUUAGUUUUAGUUGAUUUGAAGUCUUUCAAAAUCCAAAGCUUCCUCAUUUUCUGAAGACCUCACCUAAUCAAUGGAUUUGACCCCAAAAGUAAACAAUGCUUCAGGGUCUGUUGCAAUGUUCCUGUCUGUUGGGUUGUGCAUAAGCAGACUCAUUGGCCAUAAUGGAUCUUUUAAACUUACUGAUUAUAUUUUUAGUUUUGAAAGAUUUGUGUGAAAUAAAAGUAUUUUAGUUAAUAAUAAUAACACCCCCUUUUUUUAAAAUACAGAUUGAAUGCUACAUAGACUAGAUGACUAAAUUAAUGAUUUUAUUUACUUGCAGUCUUAAAAUCUUUGGUCUUACUAAAAUUAAAUAAAUGCAUGACUGUGUUUUAUUUUGGACAAAUUUUACAUGAUAUUGUGCUCACUGGCUUGUUUAUUGGAUACAGAUGAAAAGUCUAUGUAUUGUAAUUAAAAAUGUUCUGAAUAA